CUGCAGCCGUGCGCCCUGGCGCUGGAGAGGGUUGGUCUUUGGAGCAACGCAGCGUCCCAGUUGCUAGUGGGCGAGCUGGGAUAGGCUGGGAGUUUGGUUGGAGCCUUCAGCGGGACGGGACAAGGCACAAAAAAGGGUGGACACGAAGAACAAACAGAUUAUUAACUUCUGGUUUGAAUGCGACUGCAUGUUGGACAGGAAAUUUGACGUAGGCAGCUUGACGGAAAACCGUAUUUGUUGCAUUCAGAGGUCGUGGAUGACAAAGAAGCGUCAUCGUGUAAACUUUCUCAACCUCGCUCGUAAAACUCAACAGGGAACUCUGUUUUUCUUUUUAACGGCGACGUAAAGAAGUGGACGUCAUGCCACGGCGCACAGUGCUAGAAGUAACAGUGCAAGAUGUCCAGAAACGAAGGAAUCCGAACAAACACUACGUUUACAUCAUCAAAGUGUCCUGGAGCGAUGGCAGCACAGAAAUCAUUUACAGACGCUACAGCAAGUUCUUUGACCUGCAGAUGGAACUGCUGGAUAAAUUCCCAGUGGAGGGAGGCCAGAAAGACCCCAAGCGCAGGAUCAUUCCAUUCCUGCCAGGGAAGAUCCUGUUUAGGAGGAGCCAUAUCAGAGAUGUGGCCAUGAAAAGAUUGGGGCCUAUCAAUGAGUACUGCAGGGCCCUCAUUCAGCUGCCUGUCUACAUCUCACAGUGUGAGGAGGUCAGGGUGUUUUUUGAGACUAGACCUGAAGACCUCAACCCACCCAAGGAGGAACCCACUGGAAAGAAGAAAUCGGGGUUUGUGGAGAGAGCGACUUCUUUCAUAAAGCGAGGUGACUGCACCUCAGCAGACCCUCUCCUCCUUGAGCAGUGUGUGGCAGUAACAGACUAUGAGAAGCAGGAGAGCUCAGAGAUCAGCCUGCAUGUGGGUCAGGUGGUGGAGGUCAUUGAGAAAAAUGAGUCCGGAUGGUGGUUUGUGAGCUCAGAAGAUGCCCAGGGCUGGGUCCCUGCCACCUGCCUUGAGGUACAGGAUGACCCUGAUGACUUCAGUCUUCCAGCAGAAGAAGUGCCUCGGAGAUUCUGGUCACUACCAAGGCACGUGGGUCGCCGCAGAACUUUAGGGGAUCUAUUCAGCACAGGCUUUGGGCAAGAAGAAAAGUAUUCAGUGAUCUAUCCAUACUCCGCAAGGGAUCAGGAUGAGAUUGACCUGGAGAGGGGCAUGAUUGUUGAAGUGAUUCAGAAGAAUUUGGAGGGCUGGUGGAAAAUAAGGUACCAGGGCCGUGAGGGCUGGGCCCCAGCCUCCUACCUGAAAAAGACUGACAUUCAGAGCCUGAAGCAGGCAGCAGGCACUGCCACUCAUGCCAGUACAAAUGACCUAGAUGGACUUUCCAAACAAAACAAUGCUUCCAGAGAGAACCGAGACAACAGCCAGAGAGAAAAUAGGCUCUCCGUUUUCUCCGAGAACAAAAAAGUGGGAUCAAGACACAGACUUCCUCCGCGCAGGGAUCUUACCAUUCCACGUGGCGCAGACCUACCCAAGCCACCCAUUCCUCCUCAGGUUGAGGAAGAGUUCUACACCAUAGCAGACUUCCAGACCACCAUCCCUGACGGCAUUAGCUUCCAGGCUGGAGUCAAAGUUGAGGUGAUUGAGAAGAAUUCAAGUGGUUGGUGGUAUAUCCAGAUAGAUGAUAAAGAGGGCUGGGCCCCUGCCACCUUUAUUGAUAAGUACAAGAAGACCAGUAAUGCUGUGCGACCCAAUUUCCUUGCUCCUCUGCCCAAUGAGAUGGAGAAGCUGAGACUGGAAGAUGCUGGUUCUUCAACAGUUUCAAGCACAGAUGACAGCUGGUCCAAGCCUUUACCAGAUGAGCCAACUGCACCCCCUGAGUCAUGUGCCCGGCCUAAGCUGAGAGACUGGAAGUCCAGUGCCAGCAAGGGGGCCUCUGCUUUCUCUGGGCCUUUGCCUCCAGCUCCAGCUGCUCCUCCGGAUGAGGAGAAACCAGCUCUGCCACCUCGAAGGGAGUCCAUUAAUAAGAGCUUUGAAUUGGAGGUAGCAGAGAGACCAAGAUCUGAUCAUUCCAAGCCUUUGCCCCCAAAACCCCCAGCUCCCGGGGUCAUCAUGCCACUGGUUCCACCCAAGGCAGCUGCCUUCAAACCAGAUAAACCACCAGAGACCAAGAAAGAAGAUAAGAGCAAAGCUCUCCACCUUCGGAAUGAAAUGGGUCUUGAAUGUGGUCACAAGGUCUCUGCCAAAGAGGUGAAGAAGUUUAAUCUGAAACCUGUACCCAAACAGCCACCAAAACCCAAAUCAGAAGUGCAGGAGGAGAAACCAGAGGCAUCUGGCCCAACAUCAUUUAUGAAGGCAAAGCCGGUAAUCCAACCUAAACCUGCUUCAGCUGCAAAGCCAGAUCCCCCAGCAGAAAACAAACUGGACAUCACCAACCUGAGAAGCAAGCUGAGACCAUCAAAACCUGCAGAUCUUGGCCCUGCAUCAGCUGAGGUGAACCAUCAGAAUGACUCCUCAGCAACAGUAACUAGUUCACACCCCAUCCACAUCCCUACACUCAAUAACAGUAAGUACUGUGACAAGCCAAAACUCCCCCCAAAGCACAUUAACGGUCAUAGCCAGGAGAGUUCAUCUCCCCCAUCAAAACCACCAGUGCCUCCCCAUAAGGAGCCCCCUCAGAGACCCCCCACCAUGGCACCAAGGAGACCUCCUCCUCCAAAGAAGACUGACCCACCCAGCCCGACCGAGUUCAAGCCUCCACCUGCUCUAAAAGAAGCCCAGGACCUUCCCAAGGCUGGACCACCACAGCUCAGCAGACCCCCACCCCCUAAACCCAAAGGGUCUGUUCAGUCACCUGCAAACAAAGAGAAAGAAGAGUCCAAAGUUAAUAAAGCACCCAUUCCUCCCAAGCCCCAGUUCAAGAGUGAGAAGCCCAGUCCGCCCAAGGACAAGCUCCCACCUUUACUCAAGGAGCCCAGUAAGGAUGAACUGUAUCUAGCUGUGGCAGACUUUGAUGGGGAUGAACAAACAUCCAGCUUCAAGGUGGGUACAGUGUUUGAGGUGCUGGAAAAAAACAACAACGGCUGGUGGUUCUGUAAAAAUGUAAGAGAAGAAGUCGAGGGCUGGAUCCCCUCAAAUUAUCUGAGCAAGAAACCUUAGUGUGAGUCUGCUCUUCAAACCAUCACCUUAGGAUUAAAUAGAUAAAGGACAAAGAAUUAAAAUGAACAAAUUAUCACUACUUUGUAGUUAAUUAGCUUUUUUUAAUUUAUAGGUACAUUAUCUUUAAAUUUACACAUUGUUUAAUUUUUUUAAGGAUAUUUUAAACUGAACCAGCAAUAACACAUGACCUUACGGGUCUUGUAAUGUUUACUUGUUUUUACCUAAAUAUUACACAAAAUAUUAGGCAAAGCUACGUGUUUUUGUUGCCAUAUGCUAGUUGUAGCCUGUGCCAGUCUUAGCAUCACAUAGGCUAGACGCUUCAGCAAUAGAUGUACACCCAUGCCUUCUAUGAUACAGUGCCUCAAUAGUAUAUGCAAAGUGCAUCAAUGCUUAAACUUUAUGCAACUGUAAACAUAGUUCAGUAAAACCUUUGACUAAAGGUCUAAAACCCGGAUCAAGGUAGAAUAAACUAUAUGUUCAAAUCUAGCCAGUCAUUCCUGAGCAGUAGACAAAAACAUAAUCCUAAAUCCUUUAGACAAGUACUGCACAUGGACUCACUGGGGGAGUUCAGUGACCACAUCUGUGCUUUCUAAGUUCUAUUAGGAAUUAUUAAAAGAUGUCUGCCAAGUAGAAAUUCUGUUUUAUACUCAAAGCAUGCAAGCUUUUGUGUUACUGUAAUGUUUUCUUUUUUGACUGCAUAAUUCAAGCUUCGAUAACUUGUAACAGAUGUGCACUUUUUCAAGUCAUCUUAGAUGAGAUAAGUUUAAGGUUUACACAUGGUGAAGAAGAAUGCCACAGUGCAUUUUAUUUCUUAGUUUUACUUGUCACUGGCCAUGUUUUUUAUAUUCACUGUAACAGUAUCCACCGACAUAAAGAUGAGGCUAGAACAUCAAAACUGAGAAGAUGCCAGAAGUUAUUUUAACAAAAUAGCUCACAACCAAAAAUAAGUAUUGUGAGGUGCCACUCGCAGAGCACAUCUGCAGAUCUAUGAUGAAUUGUGCAAUGAUUGACAGUAUUGUCAGUGUACAGUCUGUUCUUAACAGAUGGAUGGUGCUCGGAUAACAGCACAGUGUGACCAUUGUAUCAAUUUUUUUUUUUUACAUUUAAUGCUUGACUGGUCUCAAGUAUUAUAGCAAUUAUUUUUACUGUACAGUAAUUAGUCAUAUCUGAAUUAUGUUUUCUUUGAUGGCCCAUCAGUUAGGUAUUUUACUCUGUACUAAAGAAAGGUUUAUAAAAAGCAAGUCAAGUGAAAAAGCACAAUCAACCCCAUCAAUUUUGGGCUGUGCCGGUAACCCUAGAACUCCAUUUAACAGAGGAGGACCACACACACUCUUUUCUUUUUCAUUUCACUGACAUCUUCUAAAAAAUUAGACCUGAUGUUUUGGCUUAUGGCUUUAUUAUGGGUCAAACACAGCAUCCAUGUUUGACCACUGGUGAAAUCAUGAGUCAAAAUGCUGAAAUAAAGAAGAAAAUUUAAAAAAAAUCUGUGUGUGGUCCUCAUCUUUCAAAGGAUGAGAAAAUGAAAGGGCCAAGGAGUAGUUUGGGCAGUUGAUGUGGGUUCUUUUAAUUUGACAAAAUCUUUGUCAAGAGAACUGAAAAGUAGGUCACCUAAAGUACUGUAUAUGAAACUGGCUACUAAUUUCAUAUCAGGAGGUCAAGAUUAAAAAAAAAAAAAAAAA